AUGAGGAGCGCGGUUGUUGGGCGGCCUGGGCCCGGACGUGGACAAUGUCCUGCGUUUGGCCCCCGGCUCCUCGCCACCAAAGCUCCUAGAGGUGCCUCCAAUAAUCUUUGCUCAGCGCCGUCCCCCUCCUCCACACCGCCGCUGCCCCCCCGGCCCCACACCGCCGCUGCCUCCACACACCGCCCCGCCCCGGGCCCCGGGCCCCGGCUCCUCCACACCGCCCCCCGGGCCCCCGGCUCCUCCACACCACCGCCCCCCCGGCUGCCCCGCCCGGGCCCCGGCUCCUCUACACCACACCGCCCCGGGCCCCGGGCUCCUCCACACCGCCCCCCCGCCCCCACCGCCCCGGGCCCCGGUCCCCCGCUCCUCCACACCGCCCUGCCCCCCCCCGGCUCUCUCACACCGCCCCUGGGUCCCCGGCUCCUCCACACCGCCCCUGCCCCCGGGCCCCGGCCCUCAACCCGCCGCUGCCCCCGGCCCCCGGCUCCUCCACACCCCCCCCGGGGCCCGGCUCCUCCACACCGCCCCUGCCCCCGGGCCCCGGGCCCCGGCUCCUCCACACCGCCCCUCCCCGGGGCCCGGCUCCACCACACCACCCGCCCCGGGCCCCGGCUCCUCCACACCGCCCCGGGCCCCGGCCCCGGCCUGCCCCCGGCCCCGGCUCCUCCACACCGCCCCUGCCCACCGCCCGGGCCCCGGCUCCUCCACACCACCCCCCCGGCUGCCCCCGGGCCCCGGCCCUCCACACCGCCCCGCCCCUCCAACACCGCCCCGGGCCCCGGCUCCUCCACACCGCCCCUCCCCCGGCCCCGGCUCCUCCACACACGCCGCUGGCCCCCGCCCCUCCUCCACCCCUGCCCCCGGCCCCCACCCCGGCUCCUCCACACCGCCCCUGCCCCGGCUCCUCCACACUCCUCCCCCGGCUGCCCCCCUCCACACCGCCCCCGGCUCCUCCACACCACCCCCUGCCCCCGGCUCCUCCACACCGCCCCCCCGGCUCCUCCACACCGCCCCGGCCCCGGCUCCUCCACACCGCCCCUGCCCCCACACCGCCCCUGCCCCGGGCCUCCUCCACACCGCCCCCCGGCUCCUCCUCCUCCCCCCCCCGGCUCCUCCCCUGCCCCGGGCCCCGGCUCCACCGCACCCGGGCCCCGGCUCCUCAACACCGCCCCUGCCCCCGGGCCCCGGCCCCUCCACAACACCCCGGGCCCCGGCCCCUCAUCACCACUCCUGCCCCCGGGCCCCGGCUCCUCCACACCGCCCCCCCGGCUGCCCCUGCCCCCGGGCCCCGGCUCCACCACACACCCCCGGGCCCCCGCUCCACAACACCCCCUGGGGCCCCGGCUCCUCAUCACCACUCCGCCCCUGCCCCCGGGCCCGGCUCCUCCACACCGCCCCCGGGCCCCGGCUCCUCCACACACCACCGGGCCCCUCCACACCGCCCCUGCCCCCGCCCCCGGCUCUUCACACACCGCCCCUGCCCCUCCCCCGGCUCCUCAUCACACUCCUGUCCCCCGUCCCGCAGAGAGCUCCACACGACCAGGCUGCACCCCAGUGCAGUGCCACCAGUGGGAAUCUCACCCCAGCCGCAAUCUGCACAUUAGAGUAUUUUUAAUGGGGUUUAAAUUAAUCCUCAAGUAG